AUGGCGACGGUGGAAGUUUUGAAGUUUGGCUUAGUUGACCCACCUCCAUUGGUUUUGCUAUUGGUUGAGGGCAGCCUGGUGGAGUGUGGAGCUCGUUUCUCCCAGGAGCCUGCGGACCAGGCGGUGGUGUUGGGGGAGCGCGUCAUCCUCUCCUGCGUGGUCUUUAACUACACCGGGAUCGUACAGUGGACCAAAGACGGCCUCGCGCUGGGCAUCGGGGAGGACCUGCGAGCGUGGCCUCGUUAUCGCGUGCUGCGAGUCUUCGACGUGGGUCAGUACAAUUUGGAGAUCAGCUCGGCACAGCUCUCAGACGACUCGCUCUACGAGUGUCAGGCCACAGAAGCAGCUUUGCGGUCUCGACGAGCCAAGCUGACAGUCCUCAUUCCUCCAGACAAUCCGGUCAUCGACGGCUCUCCGGAGCUCCUCCUGCAGGCCGGCGUGCCGUACAACCUCAGCUGCGUAUCGCGAGGAGCCAAGCCGCCCGCACACAUCCAGUGGACACGGGACGGGGUGACACUCAAUGGAGCAUACAGCACCACGGAGGUGCUGCCGGACCGCAAGCGAGUGACGACCAAAAGCCUCCUGGCCCUGAUGCCGCGAGACGUGGACUCUGGUCGCAACUACACCUGUGUGUCCACCAACCCUGCGGUGCCCAUGGGCAAGCACACCAGCGUCAUACUCAACGUCCACCAUAAGCCUACUGUGACUCUGUCCAUCGAGCCGCGCUCCGUGCUGGAAGGGGAGAGAGUCACCUUUACGUGUCACGCCACGGCCAACCCCCCCAUCAUGGGCUACAGGUGGGCUAAGGGCGGUGUGAUUCUGGACUGGGCGCGCGACGGCGUGUACGUGACGCUGGUGGACCACUCCUACUUCACCGAGCCCGUCUCCUGCGAGGUCUUCAACGCCGUGGGCAGCACCAACGUCAGCAUACUGGUGGAUGUGCAUUUCGGGCCCAUGCUGGUGGUGGAGCCCCGGCCGAUGGUGGUGGACGUGGGAUCGGACGUCAGCCUCAACUGCAAGUGGGCCGGUAACCCCCCGCUCACCCUCACCUGGACCAGGAGAGGCUCUAGCAUGGUUCUCAGUAACAGUAAUCAGCUGUAUCUGAAGUCGGUGACCCAGUCUGACGCUGGUCAGUACGUCUGCAAAGCCAUCGUGCCCCGAAUAGGAGUGGGGGAGACCGAAGUCACACUAACUGUCAAUGGUCCACCCAUCAUCUCCAGUGAGUCCGUGCAGUAUGCGGUGAGAGGAGAGAGAGGCGAGCUGAAGUGCUACAUCGCUAGCACACCACCUCCAGACAAGAUCGUCUGGGCGUGGAAAGAGAACGUUCUGGAGAAGGAGCGUGGCACCCUGCUGGAGCGCUACACUGUCGAGCAGUCUAGAGCCACCACCAGCUCUGGAGCCUCACCGCUAGGCAUCUCCACUGUGGCUGUGUUGUCGACUCUCAGUAUCGCUAACGUUGGAGAAACCGACUUCCAGUCGACGUACAACUGCACCGCCUGGAACAGCUUUGGUCACGGCACCGUGAUCGUCACCCUGAAAGAAAUGGAGCUGAUCCCGGUGGGAGUGGUGGCGGGGGCCACGGUGGGCUCCUUGUCUCUGCUGCUGUUCCUCGGAGGACUGGCAUACUACCUCUACAAGCAGCACACACACCGUCAUCGCGGGGCGGUGGCCUUGAAGCCGGACAUCAAGGUUGAGACGGUGAACAAAGAGCACCACUCCCACUCCAUGGACACGCACACCGAGGAGGAGUCCCUGGACCUGUCCUCCCACACCAGCUCCACCACCACGCGCCAGAUCCUCAAAGCCAUGUACUCGUCUUUCAAAGAAGAUAUGGAGUUGACCUCUGACACUCACACCCACACCGAGCUGCCCACGCCCAGCGAAGAUUACGAGAUCAAGGACCCAACCGAUGGCUACUACAACGUACGUGCCACCCCGCAGGACGAGUCUCGGCCGCCCCUGAACACCAACCCGCACCACCCCCACCACCCCCACCCCCACCCCCUCCACCAGCACCCUCUCCACCAGCACCACGCGCUGAUACAGCAACACCUCCACACACAUCACAUCCAGCAGCAACAAGCUCAACAGCAGCAGCAAGCACAGCAGUCGCCACACACGCCACACACACCCAGGAACCCUCGGACCCAUCACCAGCCGCCGCCGCCACCACACACACACUCGUACCAAGCACAACACCACGCGCAACACGCCAACCAUCCUUUUGGGGCCAGACAACAACAGAUCCAGUCCCAGCAGCAGCUUCAGCAGCAGUUGCAUCAGCAGAUCCAGCAGCACCAUCAGCAAUUGAAGCAGCAACUGCAGCAACAACUGCAGCAGCAACAGCAGCAGCAAGACAUCGAUCGCGAUCAAGACAUCGAAUCAUCGUCAUCUCCCGACGACUCGGCCACCAGCCCAUUUGCAGCGGCCGCCACGCAGUCUUCUGCUGCUGCGUCGACCGCCGUCACCAAGGCGACGGGGACCUCGACUCACCCAUCACCCUCGACAACCACGACAAACGCAUCGUCGUCGUCGUCGUCAUCACAGUCACAGUCGCAGCAACAAGCUGCUCUCUCGGCGACGAGCAGAGGCAACAUUCCGAUUGGCCGUUACGAGAAUGCGGAGUUCAGCGGAGGGGGCGUGGUGUCAUCGGCCGAGUUUGGUGGCGCGCAAGGCGGCAUCGGCAUUGGCGUAGCAGCAAGUGAGUUCCGACACGUUGGCGGCGGCGGGCUUUCGUCACGCGUGUCCGGAAGCACCGGCGACUUGCUGCUCGGCGGGAGUCCGCAGAUCCACAGACAACUCCAACAGCAAGCAGCUGCCGCGUCUGCCGCAGCCGCCGCGCUGGCACAACUCGGAUCAUCCGCUGCCGACCACGUGACAGCCUUUGAGACGUGCUACCCAAUGGCGUCGUCCGGAGGAGGACAGGGGCAGUAUCCAGGAGGCGGUGCCGGCCACAUGACUGGUAAUGCCGCCGCCUCCGCGAUGCCCCACCAACACUAUCAAACUCCUUUUGAACAUCACGCCCAGCAUCCGUACAGUAAGGGGAUGGGGGACGCCCAACUUCCUUAUAAGGCGAUGGGAGGAGAGAUAGGGGAUGUUGCAGGCGGGGCUUACAAGCCCAUGGGGGACAUGGGGGGAGGGGCUUAUAAGCCCAUGGGGGACAUGGGGGGAGGGGCUUAUAAGCCCAUGGGGGACAUGGGGGGAGGGGCUUUUGGGCACUUCCGAGCCACCCAGCCCACUUCCUCGUCGUCUGAUGAGCGUGGAGCCGCUGGGGGAGGACCCGGAGACUAUGAAAUGGAACUCUACAGACUCACGACAGCGCACCAUGGCGACGACGAUAGGCUAAGAGGCCUGGAGGAGGCGGGCCUUACGAGUGAGGACGAGCCAAUCACGCUGGAGUACGACUUGAGGUUCCAGGAUGUGAACGUGACCAGGCCAAUCGCGUUGCACCACACCCAGGAAGUGGUUUUGGGGAGAGGGGGAGGGGCAUUUGAGCAAUGUGGUGGUGGGGGGCGGAGUUAUGAUGACGAGAUGGCCGUGGUGGGGGAGGGGUUAGUAGGGAUGGGGGCGGGGUUGGAGUUAGGGGAGGAGGAUGAGGAUGAGACAGAGCAGAGGCAUCAGCAGAGGAUGCAGACGCACGUUUGA